UUGUACACGGUUAGUGAGAAGUCAGUAUGGCAUCCCAAGCGAAUUACACGACUGGCACUAUCGCUACAACGCAGAGUGAACUCAGAACUCAAUCUCAACCUACGACGAUGGCUUAUCGCGAAGAGCAACCUGUAGUCAAGUAUGAAAAUAUCACUCAACAAGCACCGAACUCCGAGCAACAAAGAGUUACAAAUCUAACAAACCAUCAAUGGGUUGUGCAGGACCACACCGGAGCCAUCGGUUGGCCACCAAACACGGUUAGUGUACAUCAAGAAGUCAAACCAUUGAUACGCGAAGAUGGAUCUCCAGUAGUUAUAACUACCGCUACAACUGGUGCAACACUCGUUCAUCAUCGUCCGGGUCAUCCAGGUAUGAUGGAACAGGUCCGUUGGUCGACGCCGAACGCUGGAUCGCCGGACCAUACGCGAAUUCACAUCAACGCUGCUUUACAACCAAACACCGCUGUAUCGGUCUACCAGAAUGUAAAUGGAACACUAACAAUGCCGGCCAACUAUACUCCAACGAACCAGACGAUCAGAGAAAGCCCCGUCAUGCAAGAUCCACAAAUCCAGGGACAUCAUGAUAUGUUAGAUGGAGACGAAGAAACACCAACCUCUGACGACUUGGAGCAGUUCGCUAAACAGUUCAAACAGAGACGAAUCAAGCUCGGGUUUACACAGGCCGACGUUGGACUAGCUCUUGGCACGCUGUAUGGGAAUGUAUUUAGUCAGACGACAAUCUGUCGAUUUGAGGCAUUGCAGCUAAGUUUUAAAAAUAUGUGCAAACUAAAACCACUGCUACAGAAAUGGCUAGAGGAGGCCGACAACAACAAUGGGUCCAGUGGUGCACUGGAUAAAAUGGCAACCAAUGCCCGCAAGAGAAAAAAGAGAACGUCGAUCGAGGUUGCAGUAAAGGGAGCCUUAGAAAACCACUUCUGUAAAAACGCCAAACCAUCCGCCCAAGAGAUAACACACUUAGCUGAUAACCUAGGGCUCGACAAGGAAGUCGUCAGAGUGUGGUUUUGCAAUAGAAGGCAGAAGGAAAAAAGGAUGACAGCUACAGUAACAACUAACGAAGAAGACGAAGGAGUUUUACAUCAACCGACUGUAGUAAGUGUCACUUCAAUGGCGACUGCCAGCCAGUAAAUUUCAAAUCAUCGUGCAGUACUUGAGGCCAUUCUCAAAGACCUAAGUCUAUUCAGGACAAAAAUGAUGCUGCAUUAACAGCUGAUCAUCGCGAACAUGGAACAUUGUAUAUCUAAAUACGUCCAAUUUAGCGUGAGAAAGAUUUUCUAGCAUAUAAACUCUGAAACUAUUUAUGAAGUCAGUUCAAUACAGUGAGAAUUGUGUUCCUAUAAGUCAACCGAAUAAUCAGAGUACCAUUUGAAGAGUCAUUCGCUUCAAAACUAUCUGUUUUCCAUUGUAAAUAGUAUACUCCACAUUUAGUUUGAAUUCAUUAUGUCCAAAUCGAGUAUUAGAUAAUGUAGUAAUCUUUCUUUCAAAAUCAAGGCGAAAAACUAUAGAUUUCAUUAUAUAUUUUCUUAGAAUCUCGGUACACGAGUGUGGGUACGAGCUAUUUCAGUUCGAUUCCAUUCGUGUAUUAAAGUUAACUCUGAAUUAACUGCUUAUAUCAAUAAGCACAGAAAUAUUUUCAUUUUCUUAUCAUAUUCUUCAAAAAGACAUACUUUUAUAACUAGAUUCUGUAAAUUGUUGAUCUACACCUGUAGCCUGUGAUUAAAAUCAUCGUAUUUCAUGGACGAA